AUUUCUAAAUAAUUUAUGAGCAUUUUAAUCGCUUGCCAUAUCGAAUCUUUUACAACCCCUAGUUCAAAGUACGGGCAUAUAAGAUCUUACUCCGUAAACCUCAGGCUCAGUAUUGUAUAUCGCACAUUCUGUGGUAUAUUUUGAGGUAAAAAUGAAUUCCAUCAUGACAAAGGCUCACAAACACAAGUUAACGUACAAGAACACAGUGAAAGAAGGAGCUAAAAAUGGUUUUACCUCGUGGACAUGUGAUGCUUGUGGCAGGGGUUCCAAAGAGUUACAGCAGACACAUUCUUACAAAUGUGAAAAAUGUGAUUUUGAUUUGUGUAAAGAAUGUCCUCAGCCAAUCAAGACAAAGAAACAUGCCCACAGUUUGGCUGUAACUAUUUUAAAAGGUUCUUGGACUUGCGACAAUUGUGGAACUAAUUCUUCAAGACCCGGAGGAGGACGUCUACCUUGGCAUUGCGAGGAAGGAUGCGAUUUUGAUUUGUGCUUUGGCUGUACACGAAGUCAUAAAAGCGCAGCACACCGUCAUCUUUUGUUAAAAAGCAAUCCGAAGAAAACUUAUCCAAACCUGGACGGUUGGGGUUGUGAUAUAUGCGGGGAAGGCUAUCACCAUGAAGACAAUGAGAAACCGUAUGAAUGCAAAAAAUGUGAAUAUGAUUUGUGCGAGAAGUGUAUGAAAGAAACUGAAGUUUUAGAAACUGUUGAAAACGUACAAACGAAGAUGGAGAAGAGCCUUGCAAUUACGGACAGUGGUGCUUCUCCAAAUACCAAGGGUGGACAAGUGCCAAUGGUGUUUAUUUCCUACCAAUGGGACAUACAAGAUAAAAUUUUGAAAUUGAAGAAGACACUUGAAUCAAAGAAUAUAACAUGUUGGAUGGAUACUAACAAGAUGAUGGGGGGAGAUGAUCUGAAGAAAGAAAUCGAUCGAGGAAUAAGAGGAUGCAAGAUUGUGGUAUCUUGUGUGACAGAAGCGUACAGUCAGUCACAUGCUUGUCAACAAGAAGUUGCUUUGGCUGAUGUCUUGAAAAAACCAAUUCUUCCAGUUUUAUUUGAGUCAGUGACGUGGCCUCCAGAAGGACCAAUGGCAAUGCCAUUUGCACCGUUAAUUUACAUCAACUGCGAAAAGGGUCUCACAAGUGAAAAUCUGGAUACAAUCAUCAAGACAAUAAAGUCGAAAACAGGAUGAACUUUUCUUGAUAUCCAUUUUCAUUUAAUCAAUUACAGGAUUGUACCUUGUUAGUUAUUACUUAUUCUACCUAGUUAUUCACUUAAUUUGUUACAUAAAAUUAACUGUGAGAUUGUUUCUAACGUCAAGGCUCGUAAUGAGAUAUACAUGCAUGAUGCUUAUCAAGAGAAAAAUCACCAUGCAAACACGGGGACAGGAAUAUAAAACCUAAAGGCGCUGUUACACUACUCAAUUUUUCUUGCAACUUGCAAUAGAAUUCUACUCCUGAGGCAUCUAAAGUUUUCAAAUACGAACAUUUCUUACGAUCUGCUAACGCGCAAAGAACAUUCCGAACACUCUUUGCUAAUUAAGAUCCCUCAAAAUUUUAAUUGCAUGGCAAGUCGCAAGGAAAAUUGCAUAGUGUAAAAGCGCCUUAAUGCAACUUGGAGAUGCCGGCACGGCGUCAACUUCAUCGUCUGAUUGUGAACCAGCACACGUCGAGUGCUUGUGGGUGGAAUUUUGAACUGAUAACUGCAAUUAAAGCACUACGCGCAUACGAAAAAUUAUCGUCACUUCACUUCACACAGCUUUUCAUCAAAACGGGCGUCAUCCAAAAUAAAAAUAGAAAAACAACGUCUUAUAGUUAAACUUGGUGAUUAAACCAGGUAAAACCAGCUAUAAAGUAUAGAUCUAAUAAAAAUUGUCAUUGC